AGAUCAUCUCCAAGAAACUGAAGGUCGCCAAAGAGCGCAUCUGCCUGCUGCAUCGCGAAAGGCAGCUGCGCGAAGGAACGCUCGCGGAAAACGGCCUACAGAACGACAGUCGGCUAACGUUGCUGCCGAGCGUGGAAACCGGAUUGUUGGCGCAACGACCGGAGCAGAGCGUAAUGCAGGCCUUGGAGAGUCUCAAUGAUUCACAGGUGAAUGACUUCUUGUCCGGCAAGGCACCACUUAAUCUUACGAUGCGACUGGGCGAUCACAUGAUGUUAAUCCAGCUACAGUUGUCCACCGUAACCCCGACAUCACCGACCGCCAGCCAGGCGAGCUCUGUCAACAGUAACGGCCAUAGUCAUCACAGCACCAGCAGCAGCAGCAGUAGUAGCAACAGCAGCAGUAGCAACGUUGCUAGUUUGCUCAACAGUGGCAAUACCACGAGCAUGUCCAAUCUGCCUGGCGGUCAUUCGUCAUUGCAAGCCAGAAGAUGCCUGACGACCAGAUCACCGGGAAAUAUCGUUAAGCCGCAGAACGCCGCUGGGGCACCAGCUGGUAGAACGUCGCAUCUAAUUAGCAGUCUAGCCAGCGCCCUACACGCAGCCGCCAGCUACAGCAACAGCAGCAGCCUACCUACCGCCAGCAUUACCACCACGACCACCAGCCCGGUAUGUUCCAGUCGGGUUACAACAUCCUCUUCGUCCGUCUCGGCGACGCCAAUUAGUCCGGCGCAUUCAUCGUCGUCGUCCAGCAGCAAUUCGGGUCAAUCGCAAUCCACGCGUGGCAAUUCGCAUGGCAUUCCACCUACGAAUGGCAGUUCUUCCAGCGCGUGCCAGCCCUGUCCGCUGUAUCACCACCAUCAUCAUCACGGCCAUCACCACGGUCAUCACCAUGGUCACCAUCACCAUCAUCAUCAUCACCAUCAUCAUCACCAUUCGAGGAAUAAACCUAGCUUGCCCAACCUUUCCACCUCCUCUUCUUCCUCUUCCUUCAAUUCGGGUUCGUCCCCGAUUCAGGAGCAGUCUGCCUUGGAGCCAAUGUCCUACGACGUGACGCUACCCAGGAAGAAGCUCUGCAGCGGCCACCAUCAUCAUGGGCAGUCAUCAUCGUCCGUUACCACUAGUGGUAUAGACGCCACGAGGAGUCAACACGAGGAAUCCAAUCCGCAGAGCCCAACAUGCGCCUCAUCGCUGAUGCUGGAGCAAUCGCCACCCAAGCCAGCCACCCUCGACACUCGGGCGCUCGCCGAAGCGUCUCGGAACCUCACCCAGAAGCUGAAGCAGCUCUCCUCUGAGGAGAACGCGAGACGCAGACAAGGCGCAAUAAUAGAGAGUAUGCAUCAUCAUGGCAAAGGCGUGUAUUCCGGCACGUUCAGCGGCACUCUGAACCCAGCCCUCCAGGAUAGACACGGUCGGCCGAAGCGAGACAUUAGCACCAUCAUUCACAUCCUGAAUGACUUGCUCUGCGCGACACCAGCCGCAUCCGCAGGCCACUAUAGGCAUCAUCAUCACAGGCACUCGCAUACUCGCCAGCAACCUUCCUUGAUGUCCGCGUCUUCCGCAGGCACUACAACUACCGCGAGUGGAUCUACUGCAUCGGUCGGCUGUCAUGAUUCUACACCAGGCUACUCCAAUGAAGAAUUAUCAAAGGAGAACGAAGCGACGAAAGGCAAGAUGCGUCGGCUGCGCUUAGUCAUGGAGCAACGUCGCGCUAAGAGAAAAGCCAGGCGACAAGCGCGAGCGGCGCCGUACACUACACAGUGGGCUGCGAUGACUCCCGCCGAUCCGAAUCACGAGCCGAACACGUCAACUACGACCUCGAGCACUACCACCACUACUAACAGCGCAGAGCCGCAGAACGAGCCGGAGCUUCAGCCGUGUAGCCCCGAACCGGUCGUAGCUUAAAUACCACGUCACUAACAGUCAAUUCACGGCACAGUAGUAUCGUCUAUAUUCGUAUACAUAGGUAUGAUUGUCCGUUUUCAUUUCUACCUAUCGCACUGAUUUAUUCCGAAGAAAGAAAAUGCGGAGUCGAACGUGUUCUCUAUCGCGCAGUUACACUCGUUCCGCGCAACAAACGCUGCAAAACGUUUUAAACGUUUGAUUCGACACUCGUUCUCGUUGAUACCCUAUACACGGUCUCGAUCAUUACCGCGAAUCUACUGAGUUUCUCUCCGUAUUAUGCAAGUGUCUCGCUUUCUCCGAUUUGCGUUACCUUAUGCAAAUAGACAUAAUCUGCAAGGAUUCACUAGCUGAUGAAUCGGAAGAUAAAUUCCAUUGAACAUUUUUCUUUUUAUGUAAUUGAAUUUUAUUAAAGACAAUU